GCAUGUUACACUGGAAGCAGUCAAGCUGCAGACAAGUGGGAUCAGAAAUCCACAUGGAUGGGGUACUACCACAAGUUAACACUUUGAGUGAAAUCUUAAGGGAUGACGAAGUUCAGCAGAUUUGCUGCAGAGCUCGAUUCACCUUGUAUUUAUUGAAAAAUGGCAGAGUUUACAUUUUAUUGAAUGAGCAGAAGAAAAGAGCACAGCCAGAGCUGAUUAAUGGGUUGAAAGAGUCGAAGAUUCACUGCAUGGACAGCGGAACAGCACACAUUCUCUACGUUUCUGAAGGAGGGGAUGUGUUUUUCAGCAAACUACAAAAGAAGCGCAGACGUUUCAUGAAACCUUUCAAAAUCACAGAGCCACAGCUACUGAGAAGCUUCGCAGGAAAGUGCGUUAUUCAGGUUGCCUGUGGAAACAAUCACUCAUUGGUUCUGUGCAAAGAUGGUCAAAUCUUUGCAUGGGGAGAGAACACUGGGGGCCAGUUGGGCCUUGGCAGCAGUGGUCACUGUGUACUCAGCCCCCAACGUGUGGAAUCACUGAUGGCAAUCCCUGUGGCUCAGAUUACAGCAGGUGGAGCUCACAGCUUUGCACUCUCCCUCUCUGGGGCAGUGUACAGCUGGGGAAGAAAUAAUCAUGGACAGCUGGGGCUCGAUGACACAAAACCUCGGAAACUUCCCACGUACGUAAAGCUAUUGGAAUGCAAGAAGAUUGUCUACAUUUCCUGUGGAGCGCAACACACUGCCCUGCUUACUAAGGAUGGGUCUGUUUUUACCUGCGGGGCUGGGAGUUACGGACAGCUCGGACACAGCACAAGAUGUGACGAGAUCAAACCGCGUCUGGUUACUGAGCUACUCAGCAGUGAAGUCUCUCAGAUUGCAUGUGGGAGCUAUCACACGUUGGUCUUAGUAGCGACAUCUGGCAAAAUCUACUAUUAUGGUGGUAUCGAGAACAGACAAACAGGAAAUGACAGACACAGCCAUCGGAUGGUGCCCAGUCCUAUUACAUUCUUAAUCAGUAUACCUCACAGCGCAGAACGGAUUCACGUGACAAUGAGUCAAUCUGCUCCGGAAUUCACCCCCGCACACACCGGGAGGAUGACAAGAGCAGCUGCAGCCAGAGCCAACAGGCACAAACGGACAAUUAUCACACCAUGCUUAGUCCGUGCCACCGGCACACCAGCCAACCAGCUGAGGAUCAAUGGCAAAGAGCGAACGACACCAAAGUUAACCACACGACCGCUUCCCAGUGGAACCAGGGCUGAGCACGAAACCAAAGCAAACAGGAAACGUCAGCACGGCAGCCAACUCCGAAAGGCCCAGGUUCCAUCGAGACAAGAGCUGGCAAAUUCAUCAGAAGCCAUUGAUACAAACUCCAGUAUUCAAGAUUGUAUAAUGCAGCCAACAGUCAAAAGGAUCUUUGCAGGAGCUAACCAAGGAUUUGCAUUGUGCAGUGUUGAAGUGGAUUCAGUUUCUCCUGAAGAUGAAUGUCCAUUCCUCACUAUGAAGAGAAUUGCUACCGUUGAAGAUUCUCUUCUCGAAAAAUGGAGCGCAGCAGAUGAUGAGGAACUGUGGGAAAACACAAAGAAGGAAAUUGAUCUUAUCUUUUCUUCUGUUGCAUCCCUGAAUGGAAGUUUUCUGGAAACAAGCAACGAUGAUCAUUUCAAAACAGGUCUAGCAUCCUCAGGAGUUGACAUGUCAGCAGUGAGCGUAUGGUUUGAGAAACUGGGGAAAAAUCCAAGACUUUUACAAGAGGUAACCAAUGCAGUUCAGACAAAUUUGAUUCCAUCGCUCUCCACAUCUCCUAUUGGUGUGGAAGCUCUGCGGGUUCAUCUGGUUUUGCCUGAACUCCUUGAUGUUCUGACUGAGCAGAGCAACAUUGUGAAGCUUUCAAGUCUUCUGAGCUCAGCCACUGCAUCACUUGAGGGAAGCCAACUGGAAAUCCUUGAAUCUUGGUGGAGUCACCUCAAUGAAUUUUUCUUCAAGAAACUUGUGACGAUGUAUCGAGGUGCAUCUUACAGACUUCUUCAAGAGACUUCCAGCAGCCAAAGUGAAUUUCCAGAUAAACUGUGCAAUUGUCUCAAUAUUUUGCAAAGACUUUACAAGAUAAAUUCCUCAGCGGGUUUUCGAAUCCAGGAGAACAGUUUCCACAUAUCUCCUGCAGAGGUCUUCAGGGAAACUCCAAUUUCCUGUAUAUCAUUACUGAAAUUAAUUCCCUACUCCUGUAUUUUUAAUAUGGAAACAAAAAUUCAGAUUUUCAAAAGGAUCUCACACCUGAAAAUUCAGGGAGAAAAAGUCACUGAUGAAAAGAUUAUUUUUGGCUACAAGGCAAUCUAUGAUAGCCUUAUUCAGGAUAGCAAUCAUUCUACUCUGGAAAUUUGUCCUUCCACUAGAAACACCGAAACGUCCAAUGGGAACAUUGGUGCUUCUAUUGGGAAUACUAAUGUCUGUCAUGACAAUGUUGAUAUCUCUACAAGCAUCACUGAUGCCUCUACUGCUUACACUGAGCCAUCUAAUAGCAAUAUUGAUACAUCGAUAACAAACAUUGAUGCCUCUGCUAGGAUAGUUGAUGUCCCUACAGAAAACACUGCCUUUAUUGGGAUCACUGAUUCCUCUGUUGGAAACACUAGUGCACCUAACAACAAUAUUGAAACCUCUACAGGGAAUGUUGAUGUUUCUGCUGAGAUCGCUGGUACCUCUACCAGAAACACUGAUGCACCUCAUGACAAUCUUGAUGCGUCUACAGAGACCACUGAUGCACUGACUGCGGGGAAUGUUGGUGACUUCACCGGGGUCAUUGAAUCUACCAGGAGCACUGGUGUCCCAAAUGAAAGCAAUGAUGCCUCCUUUGUUGACACUCAAACCAAUAACUUGGAUGAGAUUUCAGAUCAGGACCAGGUCAACUUUGUAUUCGAUGACUACGAUGAUUAUGAUGACUACGAUGAUUAUGAUGACUACGAUGAUUAUGAUGACUAUGAUGAUUAUGAUGACUACGAUGAUUAUUGCGGUUCUCCUCUGUUCAAUAGUGAAGUUAAUAUCUUAAAUUGUCGCUGCAUAUUGAACGAUUUACUUAAUUUACCUGCUACUGGAUGCCAUCUAGAAAUCGACAGAACACAGUUCCUUCAAAGCACAUUCGCACAAUUAAGAAGCUGUGAUGAAAUUCGGCUUCGUGGUUUCUUUCAGGUCAUGUUUAAAGGUGAACCAGCUAUUGACGAAGGUGGUGUGUCAAAGGAGUUCUUUUCCAUUAUUACCGAGGAGCUGUGUACUCAACGAAAAAUAUUCAAGUCGUAUGAGGAAUCCAGGCUUGUUUGGUUUCCGGAAUGGGACCCUGAAAUCAUUGAUAGCUUUUACUUGGUGGGAACCCUCUGCUGGCUUGCUGUAUACCAUGGCUUUGUGGCGGAUUUUCACUUUCCAUUGGCUCUCUACAAGAAGCUGCUUAAUGUCCAACCAACAUUGAAUGACCUGAAAGAACUCUCGCCAACUUUAGGCCGCAAUUUGCAAAUGCUUCUCAAUUAUGAGGAGGACGAUGUUGAAGAGACAUUCUGCUGGUAUUUCACAGUAGGGAGAGAAAUGGUUGAUGGAUCAGUUACUGAACAUGAACUUAUUCCCAAUGGUAAAAACAUUUCUGUAACAAAACAGAACAGACAGCAGUUUGUUGAUUCCUACGUCGACUAUGUGUUUAACACGUCAGUGGAGAAACACUUUAAAGACUUUGCAAAAGGAUUUCGAAGGGCUUGCCCACUGCCGGUUGUCAAUAUUUUUCUGCCAGUUGAGCUGAUGGCUGUGAUUCAUGGAAACACCAAAUAUGACUGGCAUCUGCUGGAGAAAAACACAAAGUAUGGUGGAUACACGGAGGCUGACAAAUCCAUUGCAAAUUUUUGGGAGAUGUUUCACGGUCUGGCAGAGGAAGCAAAGAAGCAUUUUCUCGCCUUCCUAACAGGAUGUGACAGGGUUCCAGUUGGUGGCAUGAGGAAUCUCAGCAUUACUAUCAAGUAUGUCCCAAAGGAUGAUCCCGAUUUGUACUUCCCAGCUGCCCACACCUGUAACAUGACCUUGGAUCUGCCCAAGUACAGUAGUAUGGAAAUUCUGAAGGAGAGAUUCCUUCGUGCAAUUGGAUGCUGCCGAAAAUUUGGCAUAGAGUAAUGACAAAUCUUCAGAAGGUAUUUCUUUAUUUUGGCUAUAAUUAUUCUCAUUAGUCAUCAGUUCACAGUAAUUGAAUUUACACAGUGACUCAUCCCCAUCCUCUCUACUACAACCUCUUAUCACCACUUAUACCUGUGUAAAUAUUGACCUGAUAUAAAAAGUAACAUGUAAGGUUUUGGCUUAGAAGGUCAUAAUUUUUCAUGUGCUUCAUGUAAGCAUUAACUUUGGUUCUUCAAGAUUUAUUGACCAUCAGCUGUUCCUGUCCCUGAUCCCUCAGGAUCCUCAUUUUGCACUCUCAUCUAUACAAAGGACAGGCAGGAGACACUGUCUGAGGAAAGCCCUAGUGUCGAUCAGCUUGUCCGCCUGGAGCUGCUCGAACAGAAGUUCUGGUAAAAUGGGGACUACAAGCGGCCAAACGCCAGGGCUCCCUGAUGAAGCAAUACCACAACAGAAAGAUCUGCCAAUGUAAGCCCCAUCCCCCAAUCCCCUCUUCCACUCCACCCACCCUCCCCACUCCCCUCUCCUGCACCCAGCUCAGGACUAAACUGCACAACUGUCCGGCUGUGAAACACCAGAAUCACAGAGAAAAGCACUAGAUAAUGAUACUCUUUGAAGAGCUGGAGCAGAAAUGAUGGGCUGAAUGGCCUGCUUCUGUAAUAUAACACUUCUACGAUUCUGUGGAUUCACCAUAGUGAAAAACCAAGAGCAUCGGACAUUCCUAGAUCACCAAUCCUGUAAAAGAUACUGCAGAUUAACCCAAAUUAACUGCAUAAAUAUCUCAAAAAUAUUACAGUAUUUGUGUAAAAGUUGAUACUUAAAUUUCUACCUAAGAUUGACCUCAAAGCUUCACCUUUCUAUGAACAUAGACAGUUGAUAGUUUUAGUUGAUUGGUUCUUAAUUUAUUCAUAUUUUGGAUGUGACAUCAGCAAUUGAGAAACUGUAAUUGAUGGAGAUUAAGAUGAUUAUAGUUUCAGGCUUAAGGCAAUAACUAUCAUAAUGUCUCCAGCUAUAAGUCAGUCUUAAACAUGUGUCUUUUUAUACUGCUCAGGAUACUGGUGGCAUCAUGUUCAUAGACUGUGUGUUGGAUAGAAUGAGAGGGAAUGGAUAAUGUUUCAACCUCCAACAUUUGUGAAGUGGUGUUUUCCCACUAAUCGGUUGUGGGGUUGGAGAAGGUGGGACAGCUAGAUAUCCUGGUGCAUUUGAGCCUCAGCAAUUUCUUGUUAUUGUCCCCUUAAAGUAUAGAACCAUCCCAAGGCUCUUCAGGGGAACAUUAUUAAACAAACUAUGAUGCGUAGCCAUGGAACAAAUCCUCGGUCAGAUAACCACAAACUUGGUACAUCUUGUAGGUUUUAGAGAGUGAUCUAACAGAGGGAAAACAGGGCACUGUUGUCAGUUGUCCCCAACAACAGAUUCUUCACCAACAGCCCCACAACAGCUUGAAUGUAGGGUAACAUUCCAUCACUCUUGCACGAUAAAAUGCUGAAAAGGUCAGGGCUGAAGUAUUUAAAAGUAAGGUUUUAAAGGCAUAAGAAGCGAUAAUGACUAGUGACCAACUUUUCUGGCCUGGAAAAGUCAAUAUGUCGAAUCUCAUUCCCAGAGAAGAAGGUAAUGUUCCCCCAUUGUAUUUUAAAACAUUUUAUACUUUUUACCAUUUUUUAAACACCACAUGUGUACCAACCAAUUUUACUGUCUAUCAUGAUUUUAAUGUAAUUUUUCAUUUUGUUUUAAUUCCUGGUUGGAAGACUGUGCCUUAGUCAGGAUUCUUGAUGAUGACUGGUUGAAGAGCCUUUGCUCAUAGGUGACCUGUAGAGGGUGCCACUGAAGCAGACAACAGAUUGGAUGAACCGAAUUUGCUGGAAAAACUCAGUUCUAAGGAAGGGUCACUUGACCCGAAACAUUAGCUCUAAUUUCUUUCCACAGCUGCUGCCAGACAUGCUGAGCUUUUCCAGCAAAUUCCAUUUGCGUUUGUGAUUUACAGCAUGCGCAGUUCUUGCAAUUUUUAUCAGAUUAGAUGAUCUGUCCAUAUCUUCAGCGGUGUCUGUCUUUGGCCACUUUCCUGGAGGUAAAGAGUGAGCUUUGUUCCUUUGUGACUAAAAGCAAACUCCAAACCACUCACAGUCAUCCAGCCCGUCAGUGUGAAUACAACGUGUACUGUAGAAAAUCAUUUUGUUCUUUUUUAUGAAGUGGCUGUCACACAUCUGCUAAAUUGCUACUUGUUUCAAUAAAACAACUUCCUCCUCACAUAUUGUUGACAUCCUUCCAUCUGCCUGAGAGGAUAGACCCACAGUAAACAUGGUGGGGUGUUGGAGCAGCUUCAUAUGGUGCGUGUCUGAUCCAUUACAAGUAGGAUAUGUCAGAAGGGCUGAAUUUGAGAUGGUCCUGGGUAUUGUGCGGGCUCUUGAUUUUGAUGCUGAGGCUUGGUGUUAAGCUGCUACAGUUACAGGUUGUCAUGGUGACACAGACCAACCCCCAAAGGUACAGGUCAAUGUUUAAUUGUUCUGUUGUGCCUAAAAGCAUCCCAGAAGUGGAACUGGUUUUUAGGCUCUGGCAGCUUUGUUAAACAGAAACUACACCCAAAAGCAUUUCUCUUCUAGAACUAGAUUAGAUUCCGUGUGGAAACAGGCCCUUCGGCCCAACAAGUCCACACCACCUCUUGGAGCAUCCCACCCACACCCAUCCCCCGAUAACCCCCACACCCCUGAACACUAUAGGCAAUUUAGCAUGGCCAAUCCACCUAGCCUGCACAUCUUUGGACUGUGGGAGGAAACCGGAGCACCCAGAGGAAACGCACGCAGACACGGGGAGAAUGCGCAAACUCCACACAGACAGUUACCCGAGGCUGGAAUUGAACCCAGGUCCCUGGUGCUGUGAGGCUGCAGUGCUAGCCACUGAGCCACCAUGCUGCCCCACUAAAAUGAGUAAUGCAUCAGAAACUGAACA